GGUUAAAUGAGUCAGAUGAAGGUCUUUGAGCACUGUUUGAACUCGCUGCUGUUUGAUCAGUGAAGAGCCACUUCAAAGUCCAGCUGGAGAAGGAACCCACAAACGGACCGUCCACACACAAACACAGAUUACAGAAGGAGAGAGAGCAGGAUGUGGCUCCUUUCAGUUAUAGUUAUAGCCUCUCUCCUGAGUAGCCCCACUCUGGCUGGGGUCAAAGACCUCAGUUCACACUUUGAAGAGAAGGAAAAGUUGGUGGAUGCCCGUGGACUUUCUCCAAAUGGAGAGAAAACAGACAUUGAGUCCAUUCCACUGGACUUCCAUCGGGAGAACACAGUCACAAACGACCUCCCUCUGGAUGGGCUAGAAGAUGAAGACUAUAUCGAUUUUGAUAAGAUCUUGGCAGAAGGAGAGGAUGACUACAGCGAAGGUGACCAUAUAGACGAGAUCUCCACCCCUGCUCCUGACCUGGACCUCUUCGGGGAGCCUAGUGACCCCAAAAUAAGGCGAGCACGCCUGCUGCGUCUUUUCCACGGGCGAACUCGCCUGCAGCGCAUCAACGUGGUCAACGCCCGAUUCGGGUGUCGGCUUUAUCGGAAACUGCGCAAUCGACUUAACCAGACGGACAACAUUCUGCUCGCUCCUAUCGGGAUCUCCAUUGCGAUGGGUAUGAUGGCUCUAGGAGCUGGCCCAACCACUCAGGAGCAACUCUACCAAACUCUUGGAUUUGGCGAAUUCAUUAACGCCAGCACUCAUUACGAUAACGCGACCGUGCAUAAGCUGUUCCGCAAACUCACGCACAGGCUCUUCCGACGGAACUUCGGCUACAACUUGCGCUCCGUUAAUGACCUGUACAUGAAGCGUGAUGUACGGAUACAGGAGGCUUUCCGCAGCGAUGCAAAGACGUACUACUUUGCCGAGCCGCAGUCUGUGGACUUCGCAGACCCGGCCUUCCUUGUGAAGGCCAAUCAGCGCAUUCAGAAGAUCACCAAAGGUCUGAUAAAGGAGCCGCUGAAGAGCGUAGACCCAAACAUGGCAGUGAUGCUCCUGAAUUAUCUCUACUUCAAAGGUACAUGGGAGCAGAAGUUCCCGAAGGAACUGACACACGUCCGGCAAUUCCGUGUCAAUGAGAAAAAGCAGGUGCGUGUUCCCAUGAUGCAAAACAAAGGAAGUUACUUGGCGGCGGCCGACCACGAGCUCAACUGCGACAUUCUGCAGCUGCCAUACGCCGGAAACAUCAGCAUGAUCAUUGCUGUUCCACAGAAACUCUCUGGAAUGAGAUCCCUGGAGCAGGAGAUCUCCCCGACCCUAAUCAACAAAUGGCUUAACAACAUGACCAACAGGACUCGUGAGGUGAUUUUACCUCGGUUUAAGCUGGAACAGAACUACGACUUAAUUGAUCACCUGAAAGAAAUGGGGCUGACGGACCCAUUCGGUGAAAAGGGCGACUUCUCGCCAAUGACUUCAGAGAAGGUCAUCAUCAAUUGGUUCAAGCAUCAGGGCACCAUUACGGUGAAUGAAGAAGGUACGGAGGCUGCAGCAAUGACGCACAUCGGAUUUAUGCCUUUAUCAACACAAACGCGGUUCAUCGUGGACCGCCCCUUCCUCUUCCUCAUCUACGAGCAUCGUACAGGCUGCGUUGUAUUUAUGGGACGUGUGGCAGACCCUUCACAGAGCUAAUCAGACACACAUACAAAACACAGAGGCACAAUGACCAACGCAUAACAGUUUAGCAAUGAUGGAUGUUUUGUUUUAUCAAGUAAAAUGAGCUGUAUAAAGAAAUGCUAGAUAACACUGACAAACACCUGUGUAGUUUUGAAGCAGUACAUGUUGUUAAAUAAAAUGAAUCAGAGGA